GCAAGAGCUCACACAUUUUUACUGCGUAGAGAUCCUUGACUGCUUCACUUUCUUGUUCUUGGAAUGAAUUUGGAUAUGACUUGUGAUGACCUCAAGAGCAAGACUAUGAAGGAUCAACCUGAUCAGAAGACAAAUGGAGAGAAAGCUAAAGGUCAUCAUUUUCUUUCUUCCCGGUGGUGGUGCCCUGUGUCUGUGAUUCUAGGGAUCCUUUGUCUGGGUUUACUGGUGACCAUCAUUAUGCUGAUAAUGCAGUUAUCCCAGGUGUCCAAUCUUCUAAAGGAACAGCAAGCAAACCUUACUCACCAGGAAAAGAAACUGGAGGGACAUUUUUUAGCCCAGAAACAGGAGGAAAAAGCUUGCCAUGAAUUACAGACGGAACUCAAGGAAAUGAUUGAAACGCUUGCUCAGGAACUGGAAGAGAAAUCCAAAAAACAAAUGGAACUUCAUCAGCAGAACCUGAAUCUCCAAGAAGUUCUGAAGAAAGCAGCAAAUUUUUCAGGUCCUUGUCCCCAAGACUGGCUCUGGCAUGAAGAAAACUGUUACCUAUUUUCCUCUGCCUCAUUUAAUUGGGAAAAAAGCCAGGAGAACUGCUUGUCUUUGGAUGCCCAGAUGCUGAUAAUUAAUAGCACACAAGAUCUGGAAUUUAUCAAGCAAGCUAGUGCCCAUUCCAAUUUCCCAUUCUGGACGGGGUUGUCUCGGAGGAAACCAAGCUACUCAUGGCUCUGGGAGGAUGGUUCUCCUUUGAUGCCUCAUGUGCUUAGAAUCCAGGGAGCUGUUUCCCAGAAGUUUCCUUCAGACACUUGUGCCUAUAUACAAAGGGGAACUGUUUUUGCUGACAACUGCAUUUUAAUUGCAUACAAUAUAUGUCAGAAGAAGGCGACUCUGUUGAGAGCACAGUGAAUUUGAAGGCUCUGGAAGAAACAGAGGCACAGAUCUCUGAACUCUCUGGAUUUUAAGCUUUUCUUCCUCACCUAGUGCAAACCAUGAGAUCCCGGAGAACAGGCGUUAGGUGACUGUAGAGCUCCUUAGGAG